GUACUCUCCGCCGAGUCGCCCGAGCAGUUUCCAUGUCAGCAGGAGUGUGAGAGGUUCCAGAGAGGAUCAGCGCAGCACACACACCACCAGACCACCUGGAUCCCUGCUUCAUCCUGCAGACAUGGCUGCCAGCUCCCUCCUGCCCCCGGUGAAGAGUGUGGUGGUGUACAGGAACGGGGAUCCCUUCCACACUGGGCGGAGGUUCGUGGUGAACCACCGUCACGUGGGAACAAUGGAGGCCUUCCUGAACGAAGUGACCCACAGCAUCGGGGCCACGCUGGCCAUCAGGACCCUGUACACCCCCAGACAGGGCCACAGGGUGGCGGACCUCCAGGACCUUCAGACAGGGGCCCAGUACGUAGCUGCAGGCUUCGAGAGGUUCAAGAAACUGGAUUACUUGAAUACCGGGAACAAAAAGCUGCCAACAUGUGAGGAGCUCAAGGCAAAAGCAGUCAAGAGGCCUGCCGACUCUUCAGCCAGAUGGAGGCACUUCGUCCCGGUGCCCUGCAUUAUACAUGUUUUCCGGAACGGCGAUCUGCUGCAUCCACCCCUGCGUUUCAUCAUUCCUCGGAGCAUGCAGCAAGACCUUGACCAGGUCCUCCGUCUGGUUUCAGAGAAGGUGGACCUCCGGACGGGAGCGGUGAGGAGGCUGUGCUCUGUGGGGGGACAGAGCGUGUCCUCUGCAGCAGACCUGCAGACCGGACAGUGCUACGUCGCCGUGGGAACAGAACGGUUCAAGAAGCUUCCAUAUGUGGAGCUGCUGGUUUCAAAAACCACACAAAGAUAUUUCCCUGGACGGAGGCGGCCGAGGAGGCUGCAGGUAAGUCUUUACUUCAGAACGAGGGCAGUGAGAGAGAAACCGACUGCUCUGUGCUUUCAGAAAGGAGGAAGUGGUCCUGAAGACCAGUGCAGUGACUCAGCACUGCUCCACUCUCCUCAGUCAGACGACCGCAGGGUGAAGUCGACAGGAGAUGAAACUGCUGAAGCCUCAGAGAGGAGCACAGGAGGAGCAGAGAGCUCACUGUUUCCUCUCAAGCCUGUCAAGAUCAGUAGGAAUCCAACAAGGAAAGCAGUCAGAAGCAGAUCCGAUCAGAAAAAUGUGUUUGAGAGGACAGCAGGAAAGACAAGAGAGGAAGUAAGAGGAGCAGAGGAGGUGCAGGAGGAUGAAAACACAGCGACAGAGCUUCCUCUGGACCAGAGAGUGGCAGAGAUCAUUCAAGAUGAGGAACUGAUCACAAGUGAUGAGCUGCUCCGUCACCGACAGCAGGAGGAAGACUCGGGAGCUUCUUCAUCCGCCCAGCAGUGAGGAGGAUGGGUGGGUUGGUGUUUCCCCACAUCAGCAGCUCUCCUGCAGUCUGUUUGAUAUCUCUACACUCAUCCCGCUUUGUGCUGGGACGGAGAAGAAGAGCAUCAGGGGAAACCAGGGUUCUGACCCGGAACCCCGACCCAGAGGUGUGGACAGAGCUUCUCUCUGAGCCAGUCUGCAUCCAGCUCUGUGAAGAACUGUUCAGUCCAAAAGUUAUGUCGUGUUUAUUACUCCAAUAGAUGGAUACAUGGAUACAAUGGAUGGAUGGAUGGAUCAACAGAUAGACGGACAGAUGGACAGAUAUCUGUAUUGUCUCUAUCAAACUUGUUAGGCAACAGGAAUGUACAGUGACAUAUUGUUUGGCCUCCUCUAUGGCAGCGUGUG